AGUGUCAUUAGGCCACGUUGGAACUGAUGACAGUUCAUGUGAAGUUUAGAUGUUGCUGCAAAGUUAUGUCCAUAUUUUAAAACUUGUAAAAUUUCCUAUUUCUUAGUCUAAGAAUUACAUUUAAUUGCCAUGAAAGUAAAGGAUAUUGAAAGGACCGCUAAUGUGGCAUGGUCUCCUAUAAAUCAAUAUCCAAUAUUGCUAGCAGCAGGGACUGCAGCACAGCAGUUAGAUGCCUCUUUUAAUACAAAUGCAGCCCUAGAAAUUUACUCCCUUAAUUUGUCAGAACCUGGAUUGGAUGCAGACCUGAAGGUCAGUACCCCAAGUGAACAUAGAUUUCAUAAAAUUGUAUGGGGUCCUUAUGGAAAAGAUCAGACCAGUGGUACUAUAGUUGGAGGUUGUGAUGGAGGUGUUAUACAAAUUUACAAUGUGUCACAGUUAUUAUCUGGUGACAGUGGCUUAGUAGCAUGUCCCAAGAAGCACAGUGGUCCUGUACAUGCUGUAGAUUUUAAUCCUUUCCAAGGAAAUUUGUUGGCCACUGGGGCUGCAGAGUCAGAAAUUUAUAUUUGGGACUUAAACAAUACCACCACACCCAUGACACCAGGAGUUAAAUCUCAGCCAUUUGAAGAUGUAGUGAGUAUUGCAUGGAACAAACAAGUGCAGCAUAUUUUGGCUUCUACAUUUGCUUCUAAAUGUGUGGUAUGGGAUUUGCGUAAGAAUGAACCUAUCAUUAAAUUAACAGAUACUGUGUCAAGGAUCAGGUGGAAAGUUGUUGCAUGGCAUCCAGAAAUUGCCACUCAACUCUGUCUUGCAUCUGAGGAGGACCAUGCUCCAAUAAUUCAGUUAUGGGAUUUAAGAUUUGCAACAUCGCCAUUAAAAACACUGGAAAACCAUCAAAGAGGCAUUUUAUCUCUAGCUUGGUGUCAAAAAGAUUCUGAUCUUUUAAUUAGUUGUGCCAAAGAUAAUCGAAUAAUUUGUUGGGAUCCUAAUUCCAAUGCUCCAAAUGGUGAAGUAUUAGCAGAAAUUGCAAAAACUAAUCAGUGGAACUUUGACAUUGCCUGGUGUCCUAGAAAUCCAGCAUUAAUUGCCUGUCCCAAUUUUGAUGGACAUGUAACAGUAUAUUCUCUACUAGGAGGUAAAACAGCUCAAGUUCAAACAACCAAAAAAAUUGCAGACAGUUUUCCAGGCAUGGAAGGGUACAUGGAAGCUCCAGUAUUACAAGAAAGUGUGACAAGUGUUUUCAGUGACUUAAGUAAGCCUCCCAAGUGGUUUAAAAGGCCUGUGGGAGCUAGUUUUGGGUUUGGUGGAAAGCUAAUAACUUUUGAAAAUACCAUCAUUCAGCAAAGCCAGCAGCAGCAGCAACAGCAACAACUACAUGGUCAACAACAGGGUCAGGCUCAUGUAGUUCAAAAGAGAAUUGUAUUUGUAAGUCAGGUUAUUACUGAAGAAGAACUUGUCCAAAAAUCGGUUGAAUUAGAACAAGCCUUACAGUAUGGAAAUUACUCAGAAUAUUGUCGAAAUAAAGCAGAAUCAUUGACUGAUCAGCACAAAAGGUACAUAUGGUACUUUUUGAAGGCUUAUUUUGAAGAGAAUACCAGGGCAGAACUUCUGAAUUUGUUAGGGUACAAAGCUGAAGAUGUCAAUUCGAAACUGAGCGAGUUUACUAACAGCACCGACUUGAAUAACGAUGUUGAUGGACUGUCUGACCAAUUAAACAAUUUAAAUAAACCCAGUCCUUUUGAUGGUGCCCCUCUACAGAAUCAAAUAUCAGCAACUAACAAAUCACUUCGUAGUAGUGUGCCUUUUAAAAUAAAAACUGGAGAUGACACAGAUGGACUGAUAACGCAGGCGUUACUUUUGGGAAAUACAGAGGCUGCAGUGGAAUUAUGUUUUAGGGCUGAACGAUAUGCAGAUGCAAUUAUUAUUGCAAUGACUGGUGGUUCAGAUUUACUGGCAAGAACUCAGUUUAGAUACUUAGAGAAAAGUGACGGUUAUGUAUCUUCUUUAAUUUCUGCUAUUGUAUCAGAAGAUUGGUCUUCGAUAACUACAGGUUGUGACAUUGCCAGUUGGAAAGAAGCCCUUGUGGCUCUGCUUACUCACGCCUCUAACGAAGAUUUGCCAGGACUUUGUGAACAGUUAGCAAACAGACUAGAAGAAGAAAGUAGAGGAGAUCCCAUGCUUACAAGAGAUGCCCAACUGUGUUAUAUAUGUGCCGGAGAUUUUGAAAGACUUGUAGCUUCGUGGACUGACUCUGCUAAUAAAUCUACUGAAAAUCUUCAAGAGUUGGUUGAGCUUGUUACGUUCCUCCAAAAAGCUGUUGAACGUCAAGGAAGAACAGUCGAGAUAACAGGAAAUCUGGCUUCACUUCUUUCCCAUUACGCCAUGCUUUUAGCUUCUCAGGGCCGUUUAUCUACAGCCCUAAACUAUCUCGGUACUUCCCAGAAUCAGAAAAUUAAUGAUCUUAGGGAUCGCCUUCACGUCACCUUGGGCAAAAAGCCUAUGUUAACAACACAAAGGUCUCGCCAUUCUGUUUCUAGUUACGUAGGGGGCAGUACCCAAAACUUUGGAAUGUAUAACAGUACCCAGAAUCAAUUUACAUCCUCCAACCAGUUUGGCAAACCAACACCAGCUGGUUUUGGUCAGUUCAACGCUGGCCUUCCAAAUGCCGCAACUUCUAGUCAACCCUGGCAGCCCCAGGUGCCUGCACCAGCGCCCAUGGGAGGCCCACCACCUAAGACUUAUUCUCCUGCUCCUUCAGCUGCACCUCCGCAACCCCCAAGACCCGGUAGCGUUGGAUCAGCUCAUGGUGACUCUGGUAUUAGAACUCGAAGUAAAUACGUGUUGGAUCCUUCUGUAAACCCCAGCAAUCCUUACAUGACACCCAGCUCUUUUGGUACCAAUCCUGUAUCAUCCCCAGCCCUUUUUAACACCAACAACUUCCAAACAGACGCUUUGGCUAAUGCAAACAAUAGUACGUUAUAUGGACAGCCUUCGUCUUAUUCUGCUGCUGGACCAGUGCCUCAAAGUUCCCUUUUACCACCUUCGAUGUCUUCCCCAGCAAUUCCAGCACCUAUUCCCGCACCUGCUUUAAAUCCUUCUCCCCUGAUUCCUUCGGGAGGUUAUAAUAAUGCACCAAUAAGUACUCAGCCAACGUUUCAAGCCAUCGGUGGGGCUGGAGAUCAAGCAUUUGGUUAUCAAGAGAUUGCACAACCAGCAAUCUCUGCAAUGAACUCAUUACCUUCCACUGUAGCCCCAGGAUGGAACGAUCCUCCCGUUUUACAUAAAGCUUCAAGAAUGCAGCCAAAGAGAGCAGAACCCCUUAAACAGGACCCUAUAACUCAUCCACUGUAUGGAUCUUCUGCUCCUACUCAUCAACCCUUUCCCUCGAAUGAGCCACUAAACGCUUCCCAACCCUCCAAUUCAUAUGCACCUAUACCUAAUGCUGCUCAAACGUAUCCUAGUCUUCAACCGGGAUUAUACAACCCUCCUAAUUCACAACCAUCGCCUUUUGUUCAAAAUUUUGAACCACAGCAGCAAAAUCAAAACCAACAGCAGCCUUUUACACCCCAGCAACAUCCGUUUAUACCCCAGCAACAAUCGUUUGCACCUCCAACGUCUACUUUUAACUCUCAAAUGAUUAAUCAGACUGGUUUUAAUCAGAAUACGAUGACCCCAACAUUUGGGGAUAUACCACCUCAGCCACAGGUGGCCGAGGUUGCGUAUGCGAAACCUGAACCCAUUCAAAAACCUCCCGUUCCAGACGAACACCAAAAAAUACAAAUUGUUCUUGACGAACUCAGGAGUAGGUGUUUGUGUGUUGCCAAUAAUCCGCAAACGAAAAGAAAAUUGGAAGAAGUGUCGAGGAAAUUAGAAGUAUUGUACGAUCUUUUGAGGGACCAAAAGUUAUCACCAAACACAUUAGAAGCACUACAUGAAAUGGUUCGAUUAGUAGAAUCUGGGGAUUAUAUGGGUGGUUUACAGUUACAUACCCAGCUGGUUUCUGGUCCUGAUUUUUCCCAAAUUGCGGGCUUUAUGCCAGGUUUAAAGGUGCUAUUGCAAUGUGCUAUUCAACUUCAAGUUUAUAUAAGAUAA